UUGUGUUCCCUGGUCGACUACUUUUCAGCUACAAAAACCAAGUCUGGGUUAGAAAUGUCACAAAUUCAGUUGAUUCUGAAAAAGUACUGGAUCUGGACCAAACUGGUCCGACUACCAGGUGCUCCACACGUCUGCUCCACUGGUGCCAGUGAAACUCGAGCACCAGGGGAGACUGGCAGUCACCUGAUCUUCUGCUGAAUGUUUAAUGGACUCUUCAGAGACACACGCCGCAGGAGAAGAAGACAGGUCUCAGAGCAGAGGGACCAGAGACACCUUCACAACCAGAACCAUCCAGAACCAGAUACCUGGGCAGGUCCAGACUUUAGGAGGCUUCAGCAGGUGAUGGUGUUAGGAUGUCAGAGUCCAGGCAGCGAAGUCUAUCCACGUCCGGAGAGUCUCUCUACACCGUCCUCGAUCUGCAGAGAGGCUGUAGCCAUGACGACAUCAAGAAGUCGUACAGGAAGCUGGCGCUGCGCUACCAUCCUGACAAGAACCCGGACAACCCCGAGGCCGCGGAGAAGUUCAAGGAGCUGAACUCCGCCCACGCCGUCCUGUCCGAUCUCAGUAAGAGGAACAUCUACGACUCGUACGGGUCUCUGGGACUCUAUGUGGCCCAACAGUUUGGCGAGGACAACGUCAACACCUACUUCAUGCUGUCCACCUGGUGGGCCAAGGGUUUGUUCCUGGUCUGCGGAGUCCUGACUGGAUGUUACUGCUGCUGCUGCCUCUGCUGCUGCUGCAACUGCUGCUGCGGCAAACUCAGGCCGGCGUCCAGUGCAGACGGGGCGGGGCAGGAAUACGUCUCACCUGACGACCUGGAGGAAGAAAUAGGCAACGACCCGGAGCAGGAUGCAGAGACUCCGAUGGUUCAACAGCCAACCAACGCCAGCGAGAAAACUCAGCUGAUCAGCGACGGCCACCGCAGAUACGGAGACACUUACACAUGAGACAGGAAACAGGAAAUGAGCUGUGACAGUGAAGCUCACUGAUGCCUUCAGGGACUCUAUGAGAUUUAGGUUCUUCUCCUGUGUGACCAAACCAAUGCUGUGAUUGGUUGAAGUUGAUAAUCCGAGGGUGUGGUUUAAUGACAUCAUUAUUGUGGUGUAAAUAAUCGUUGAAGUUUUGUUUAUGUAUUUAUUUCAUUUAUUAACUGUAGUGCAGUGAGCUGUGUGUGUGUGUGU